UAUAUCGCAGGCAUCCCCCUUAUCCCAGUUAUAUUCUAUUUAGCUGUUUCCCUCCGUUAGAUAUUCUAUAAUUAUUAUUAGAGUAGAGAUUCUCAUUAGCCGGAACCCUUUUUCUUUGUGCUUGUUUCCGGGGGAGCGGUUUGGUUGCCGUACAGAUGUUGCGGUCCGUGUUCCGCUUGUCCCGGUACUGUGGCCGGGGUCCGCUCUACCCCCCGUGGGGGCUCCCUCCUGCCUCCUCGUUGAGUUCUCCGGGGCCCUCGCUGAAUGGCAGGCCGGCCCGCGGGUACAGCAGUGACCCCAGCCCCGCCAGCCAACGGGUAGUGGUGGUCGGGCUCCCCAACCCGUUUAUAUGGUGCAGGACGCGGAUCUAUUUCUUCCUGAUCCGGGCUUACUUCGACAAGGACUUCAACGUGGCCGAGUUCACGCAGGGGGCGAAGCAGGUGGGAGCUGUGGGGUGUGAGGUCACCACCCACCAAUGUGCCCCCACUCCCCAUGUAGGUAUAAAGCAGACUUCCCCAAACUCCGGCCCUCCAGAUGUUGCUGCACUACAACUCCCAUGAUUCUCAGCCUAUUUAAUUAAUAGAAUCAUGGGAGUUGUAGUGCAGCAACAUCUGGAGGGCCGGAGUUUGGGGAAGCCUGCUUUAGAGGGUCCCCAGUGGGUGAAGGGGCACAAGGUGUCAGCCCCCAGGUAAUGCUCACAAUAACAUUACAUUGGGACAUUGCUUUACCCCAGUGCAGUUAAUUUCCCCCUCCCCCUUUCAUACAAGGAUGUUUUGUAAAUGUUAUUUUAUAGUAAGUUAUAAUACAUAUUCAGAGUGGGUCAGUGACUUCAAUUUCAAACUGAGGGUUUGGUCACUAUUAGUUUGUCAUGCGUACGCCAUUGACAUCAAGGUGCGCUCAGAUUCAUAACCACUGCAGUCCACUGAAGCCAUUUAAAAUCGGUUUGAAGCGAACGAAGAGCAUUUCGUUAAUGGACUGCGCUUACGGAUGGGAUCAGUCUGAUGUGCAAUGGUAUAGGUUCACUUUGUAAUGGCGCAAGUGCUCAAAAAUUAUCUUGAGACCUGAGCCGGAAUUAACUGAAGGACAAGCUACUGAGUUUCUCUAAGCUUUUGUCUGUUCAGAGUUCUCAUAUUCAGUUUUUUGUUGCAAACAGAAAGCAUUAAACUUGGCAAGGGGUGAGCUCAUCUUGUCUCAAUUGAUAAUGGGAAAUUAAUAUUUCUGCAUUAUCAAUGUCAAUUAUAUCAAACCUGGGUAAUAUUGAUUGGCAGAGAAGGAUCAGUAUUAAAGGUGGGGAGAGGCACCUGGCGUACCCAAGGUACGAAGUCAAAUAAUUGUAGUUUGACUACUUUUUGAUGGGGGUGCUCUAGGCAUCAUAAUUACACUGAGUUGCAGUGCUUGCAGCGUUCCUAUAAUACACUAUUUUUAUUUACAGAAGCCAUUUAAACAAUUUGGUGUUGAACCGAGAGAGCACCAGAAGAGCCUAGGCAGCGUAAUCACUGCAGCAAGCUUUAAAGGGACCCCCGAAGUACUUUAGUUCACUGAAAAGAUUUCUGUGUGAAGUGUGCCCUCUUUUUUUUCAUUUUGCAAAAAGUGGAGAUUUCAGUAGAAAUUUAAAUUUUUAUAAAUGAACCUGGUUACACCCCCUUGGCUUUCAAAUUGACAACAGGUAAUGCUACUUCCUGGUUUGGUUAGCUCAGUGGAGCUAAACUGAAGAGGCAGCAAUUGCUUAGAGAACCUGCCUUGAAAGAUUUCUCAGUGAGCUGCAUUGGGUAGUCUGUGAUUGGACAGCCACAUAAAGUCUGGUCGGGGUUAUAAUGGGAGGACCUACAAAUGCAGCAGACAAGAGAAAUGCCAUACUUUUACUGUGCUGUCCUUUAAAAUUAAAUAUGUGACAAGGGAAUCAUGGUAGAUCUGGAAUAUAUAGAUUGUAAGGCAAAGAUAAAAAAAAAAAACUAGGUUUGAGUACAUAUUUGCACAGAUUAUGAGAGCAAAAUGAGUGACAAGCAAAGAGUGUCAAUAAUUUAGAAAGGAAAUGUCUUGGGGCAUUUCAUGUGAUGCACAGCAUCAGCUUGCACCUCACAAUUCCUCAACAACAUAUAACUGGAUCAUUUCCUCAUUUUUUUUUUUUUUUUGUUUGUUUUCUUACUGCAAUCGCCAUUUUGCUGGCCUCAGUAACAACCAUUUUACGCAAUUCCAAAGUGUAGAAUAACACAGCUAUCCGCACACUUCAUCACUCCUCAGCUCCUCCAGUCUACAAAACCUUCACUGGCUUCCCAUCGAAUAUGUGAAAAAAAUUAAAAAAUGUUACCCUCAAAAAUCCCACCACAUAUCUGUUACCUUCUACACUAGUCUCUCUUUAUCAUGUAUUCUCCACCUCUGCACUUCCUUUGAUCAUUCGUCCUGUCACUUCUACAACCAAAUUAUUUUCUGGAGGUGCCUUAUAAAUCCAUACUAAGUAAACUUUCAAAAUCUCCCUAAAAAACCCCUUCAAUGUCUAACAAAAAUGAUUCAAUUAGCCAAAACACUCGCAGUAACGUUCAUUAAAGUGUAAAUAGUUCAGCAUUUAGUGAAUUUAAAAUUUUAGGCAAAAAUACCUGAGCUGGAAACAUUCCCCAAGUCUGCUUAGUUUUCAGGGUUUUUUAAAUUUUAUUUUUUUACUCAAUUUUUAAAUACAUUCCACAUAUUUAUUUUUUUGUAUUUUUUUACUCAAAAAAAGUUUUAAUGUAAAAAUCGUUUCUUCAAGUAUUGAAAGAAAAUAGAUAUUUUUAAUGAAGUAUAUGUUAAAAGUGAGACGAAAAUAAACUAAUCUUCCUCUUUAGUAUAUGACGGGAUAAUUCAGCUGUAUGCAUGCACCUUUGGUCAGACAGUUCUUGAACACUGACACUCUCUAUGGUUUUCCCUGUUUCUGUGCAGAGAGUAAGGAAGACCACAGAGACUGUAUUUUUACACAUUGUUGUAUGUAUAUGACUGAAGGAUCCUGUCAUUUUCUAAAGGUAGGGGUGAGAUUUUCCCAUAAUUUUAUAUCAACAUUAUUUAAAAGAAAAUCUAUUAAAUUUCAAUACUUGAUGAAAUAAUUAUUUUAUAAAUAUUUUUGUGGUGACCGUUGUCCUUUAUUUGUCAUUGUAAGCAUUUUUUGCAAUUUAGCUAAUGAAUACACUGUUGCAUAGCAAACAAUUUGAAUUUGUAGAUAAGAACACUUGGAAGCUAUGUCACUAGUCUUCCGGUAUCCAAAGUCAGACACCACACAGGGAACACUAAAUGAAAACCGCAUCACCCUACAAGAUAAAUAAAAUUACUUUAUUUUUAUUUCUUAAUUUUAACACUAUUUAAGGUGAAAAUCAAGGGGAGACCACCACACUGGAAAGCUGGGAUCAUUGCCUUACACGUUUUGUGCAUUUAGCAGAACAAGAAGAAAAGGAAGAUUACAGCUAACGUGUUGCCGGUCUCGGAGAAGGGGUUCCCCAUGACAGUGGGAACACAAAGAGUUGGUCGCACUUACGACCCCUGUUGUUCCGCUACUGCACCGGCUGUUAUCAUUGCAGUGUUUAACGGGCUGACAAACACCCAGGGCAAAAUUUCUAGUCACCAUGGUGACCUGGCACCUGGGGUUUGUCAAGCCAUGAUCUAAAAUAUGAAUUAAGCUAUAAUACCCAGGUGUACCCCAACUUUCUUGAAGCUUCGUGGCACAAUUGCAGGACCACUUGAUCCUAGACUACUACAGAUUGAUAGGUUAGCAUCACAAUCACUCUUAUGUAGAAACAAGCCAAAUAUAUGCAGCAGGAAUUGUCAUUUAAAACUGGCUGUAUCUGUGUUAGCUGUUUACUUCACUUUGACUUUUUAUUGUGAAUUUACAGUUAUUCUUAUAAAAGCACCUGGUAUAUAUUUUCAAUUUUAUUUUUUAGGCAUUCACUCUUGUUUCCAAGCUUAUGUCUGAGCGAAAAUUUGAGGAACUAGAAAACUUGGUAACUAAUGAGGUAGGAAAUAUUGAAACAGAUUUUAAAGCUUUGUUUAUAUUUGUGUUUUUUUUUUAUGUUUUGGAUUACAAUUCCUAUCUCUCACUGUAAUCUAAGUGAUUUUUAAUUCAUAUCAGAGGGUUUCCAAUAUUCUAGGCCAAAAUAACUUAUUUAUCUCAAUACCAGAAAAUAAAAAAAAAGUUUCUUAAAAGUAAAAUGUUUGCCAAAGACUGGGCACCAAAACCCCCAAGGCCCCAUAGGCUUACGCACACUCAAAGACGCACGGGUCCCGAGAUAACUCUUGGCACACACGUUGCAGACCUAUAAUCAACGCCUGAUAAUAGCAGGACUGCAAACCGCGACCUGCAGGAGACCCAAGACAAUCAUACCUAAGCCAGGCAGGCCCUGAAGCCACACACAUGGACUGCACACAUAUGAUGAACAUCCCCGACACACACAAGGACACUGACGGGCCGUGGGUAGAUGAGGACUCUCAUUUGGACCCGCGACCGAUGAGACCCACGACAACCAACUCCACCUCACUUUAGACACAGGGGGAAAGGGCAAGACGAUCCCCGAGCACACACCUGACUGACAAACAUACACGAAGAGACACUGGAAGCACGACUACUGGGUCCAUGUCAUAUGACUGGGGCCCGAGAGCCACGGAUGCACCACACUACAUUACGGACCAACGAACCCAUACGUAGCUGAUUCUUCAACCUGUAUGGCAAUCCCCAGAGUGAGCCCUACGAUUAUCAAAGCGCAAACACCUAAAUCAUUCCACACCACCAUAGUUUUGACACAAAAACGAAAAUUAAACAAACAUAUCCAUCGAUAUCAAAUGAUACCUAGGCCCUAGGAUGCCAUCAGGCACAAGUCUCACAUACAGACAGUACGCAGCAGACCUGUCCGUGUCGUAAAAUCCGGUACCCAGACAUGAAUGUCAAAUUAUAAUUAUCUACACCCUAUUCAAGACUGAGCGCAGAGAGGAAGCUUUGUAUCACCCACAGACAGACAGGACAUACUGAACGUGUCUAUUAAUAGCCAAUGUGAAAUAGUGCCGCUCAAAUUUGUAUAUAGUUGCUGGGCGCUUAAUAUGCCUCGAGACCUUCGUGUCUCAUUCCCUACUACUUUUCUGGGAUCUGCGUAUCUCGACAUGUUGAUUGUUAUGCUCUAUGUUUGAAACCUGCGUGUUUCCUCUCACUACAAUCCCUCUGAAACUCUGAAAAAAUUCUUCAAUAAAAAGAUAUUUACAAAAAAAAAGGUUUGCCGAAAUGUUAUUGGCCAGGCAAACCUGCCAAUCCCUUGUUACACUUUUCAUUUAGCUUGCAUGAGCUGUGCUGUGAGCCCAAUGUUCCGUGCCUGGCUCAAGGCUGUGCUAUAAAAUGCAGUUAAGAUGUGUUUUAUGAGUGGAGAGGAAUUAAUCACAUGACAUGUCACAUGAUUCAUAGAAAAACAGAACAGAUUAGUGUAAGCUAAAAGAAAAAAAACAAGGAAAUUAGUAGGUUUUUUUUUGUAAGCACGGACUUUGCUAUGUAGUUACAUUACAUUGAUUGUUGUUUUCUUUAACAUGUUACAGGAAACAGUUUGCUUUUAAGUUAUUAAUCCUAAAUUUCUGUUUUUUAGACCAUCCGGGAUGUACAGGAAAAGUGUACAUUACUUUCUGACAACCACAGGGAUGCGCUGGCAGCCUCUUCAGAUGACAUCAUGUAUUCAACCACUGGAGAUGUUGCAAUUUAUUAUGACGAUAAUGGUAUGUAUGGGAUCUAUUCUGUAUUAUGGCAUCCUAGAAAACAUUACCAUAGCCUCCAAGUGAUUUGAAUAGCUGGCUUUUCAUUAAAGAAAUGUUAACGCAGUUUUAUAAGUACUUGUACAACUUCCUUGCAUAUUAAAGGAUCACUAUAGUGUCAGGAAACAAAGUGGUUUUCCUGACAGUAUAGUGCCCUGAGGGUGCCCCCACCCUCAGGGUCCCCCUCCCGCUGGUCUGAAGGGGUUUAAAACCCCUUCAGCAGCUGACCUUUUUCCAGCGCCAAGCUCCUCUCCUCCCCCGCCAACGACAGCCCAGCCGAAUAAGCGUGCGCGGCAAGUGCAUUCAAGCUGUCAAUGUGGGGGGGGGGGGCAGUCACCUAAAUGGUGACUAGGGCUCUAUAGUAUUAGGAAUACACCUUUGUAGUGCACGCACACUUAGUUAAGAGAGCUAUCUCCUUAACUAUGUGUGAAAUAAAAGCUGCAGGCUCCCUCCUUGUAAUUAGAUAAUUUAAAUAUAGAAGCGCUCCCUGCCACUUCUCUCGUCGACUUGUUAAAUUAACUGCAUGCUUAGAUCAGGGAAUAGAUCUCCUGAACUAAAUGUGAAAUAAAAUCCUAUGGGACUCUAUAUAUAAUUAUAAUAUUUACAAUAAUAUAUAAUAAUUAUAAGGGAGUUUUACAACCUAAAAUUACCAAAAUAAGCGUGCUUGAACUGAUGACAAGAUAGAUCUACAAACUAAAAAACAAAAUAUAGUGCAGGCAACCCAAAUUGUGUAAUACACAGUAGGGGGUAAUGGGGAGAACUCACAUGGACCAGAGAGAGGCAGAAACCCCUAAUUGAAUAGUAUCUUUCUCAAUUUAUUAUAAAAAAAGGGUUAAAACUCUUACUUUGUAAUUGGUGGGUAUGCCAGCAAAAACUACCCACAUAAAAGCAUGUGUAAACAGAGUAAAACGGCUUGCAAUCUCAAUACAGUCACUUCCAGGUUUCGCCGAUCACGUAAUCUCUUCCUGGCCCGCCUCUCCUGUGACGUUAAGCGUUUUGCCCCCCUUCCUGGGCUUUUUUCGAUGACCUGGUGCAUAAACAGUGAGCAGCUAGGGCGGAUGGACAUAAAACUUUGCACACUUCAACACGCCUUACCCCAGUGCCUAGGGGUACCUAAGUCUUUAGCCCUCUCAAAAUAAUAUCUGCCUAACUGAUUAACCCUUACAAUAGUGAAGGGGGAAUAUAAUAAAGUUCCUGAUUAAAAAAAAUAUAUAUAUAAAAAAACAGGCCAAAUAAGAAACCAUUAAAUCCCAUCACAACAAAAUAAAAAGACCAAAUGGUAAAUACAAACAAAAGCACCAUGAUGCUUAAAAUUUAAAUCCAUAUUUACCCAUUGAGGGCUCCACGCAGUUUGCACGGUGGGAAUAGCCUUGUUAAGGCGCUGUGAAUGAUACUUCCCAUUUUUUAUUUAUUUGUUGGGGCUGGGAAUCUGUGUCAGGUCCCCCCUUUAUUGUAUUAGCAAUAGCGGCCCAGUCGUUAGUAUUUUAUGACAGAAGGCAUUCACUGGCUGCUCACUAUUUAAUAGACAUGCCUAUACCCAUUGCACAGCAGGUAGCUUAUGAGGGAGAAUGUAAACCUUCCUUACAAUUAUACGGGGGUCACAUUGACGCUCAUAGGGUUUCAUUAGUUACUUUAGCCCUUGUGGAUUGGUGCAGGAAGCAGUGUAAGUGGGAGUUUAACAAUUAAAACAGUUUGUCCAAAUUUUCUUCACAACAAACAUGUGAGAACAAAGUUUGAAUGAAGCAUAACAAACCAUGGACAAAAUUUGCUUUGGUUAAGAAGUUUUUAUUAUCUGACGAAACUGUUCAUACAAACUGAAAUUUCUGCACAAAUCUAAUAAUUGCUUUCCAUAAAUCAAAACACUUGACUGAUUUAUGAAUAGUUAUGUUCAGACCAAAGUAUUUUGAAUUUACUUUUGUCUCUUUUUCCAGGAAGAAAGUUUGUCAGCAUCCUGAUGAGGUUUUGGUACUUGACUUAUGCAGAUCUGCCGGAUGAGGAUUUGGAGGGAACAAAAGUAUUCCAAGUUGUAGUAGGAGAUAAAAAUGUGAAGGAUACUAAACGUCUGCUUACGGCAAACUAUGAGUAAGAGAAUUAACAUGCAUACUCAGACUAACUGAGCUUAUUGCUCUGUAGAUGAAAACUUGUCACAGAGGUGGGGAGAAAAAAAACACAGUUGCAUUUAUUCUUAACGAAAACUUCACAUUUCACUGGGGAUAACAUUAGUAAGAUGUAUUCACUGGAGACACACAUGCUCUUCCACUUGGUAUGAAGACUCCACUGUAUGUUGGACAGAGAUGAUUUUGCAACUUUUACAGAAAGUUGUUGAAUAUGUUAUCGUAACCCAUUCAAGACCAACAUGUCAAGACUGUCCUGAUGACAAGGGUUUUCCUAACUUGUCUUGGAAGGGUUAAAGAACUGUGGCACUACAUAGAACGAAUUGUAAACAUGUUUCAGCCAUGUGACUCGACACUCAAGGAAAAUGUUUUAAAAAAUUAUUAUUUAACAUGGCUAGUUUUCUAACAAAUGUAGUGUGCUCCAAUUUAUUAGUGAGUGCUAGACCGCAAGGAAGCGAUUAGUUUGGCUGCCGCCUGGGUCUGCAUGGGUCGGUGUGUGUGUCUGCAUGGGUCAGUGUGUGUGUGUGUGUGUGUGUCUGCAUGGGUCAGUGUGUGUGUGUGUGUCUGCAUGGGUCAGUGUGUUUGUGUGUGUCGGCAUGGUCAGUGUCUGUGUGUGUGUGUCUGCAUGGGUCAGUGUCUGUGUGUGUGUGUGUGUGUGUGUGUGCGCGCGCGCAUGGGUCAGUGUCUGUGUGUGUGUGUGCGCAUGGGUCAGUGUCUGUGUGUGUGUGUGCGCGCAUGGGUCAGUGUGUGUGUGUGUGUCUGCCUGCAUGGGUCAGUGUCUGUGUGUGUGUGUGUCUGCAUCAGUCUCUGUGUGUACGUGUGUUUGUCAGCAUGGGUCAGUGUGUGUGUGUCAGUCUGCAUGGGUCGGUGUGUGUCAGCAUCAGUCUCUGUGUGUACAUGUGUUUGUCCACAUGGGUCAGUGUGUGCGUGUCAGUCAUCAGUCUGUCUGUGUGUAUAUGUGUUUGCCAGCGUGGGUUGGUGUGUGUUUGUGUGUGUCAGUCUGCAUGGGUCGGUGUGUGUGUGUGUCAGUCUGCAUGGGUCGGUGUGUGUUUGUGUGUGUCAGUCUGCAUGGGUUGGUGCGUUUGUGUGUGUGUCAGUCUGCAUGCAUGCGUGGAGUGAAUAGGGUGACAAAAUUCUAGCACAGGCCCUGCUUAAAACCCAUAUAAAAUCGGUCUGCCUGAAACUACAUGUUGAAGGGAUUUUCUAGAUCUCAUAAGUGGUGUGUUUAAUUAAGUUGGUGUUCUGUCUUUUUAGGUUUCGAAGGGAAUUUACUCAAGGAGUAAAACCCAAUUGGAUUAUUACACGGAUUGAACAUCCAAAACUAUUGGAUUAGAAAGUCUUGAAUGGACUGAAGCUUAUGAAUAUCCAUCUACAGACUGGAACUUAUAUUUAAUUUUUAUACCACCUGCCAAAGUACAGCACAAUUCUUGUGGACACCAUUUAAAUAUCUUGGAUUUACAGUUUUCACUUACAGAAGUAAAUAAACAUUAAUAAAAAAAAAAGACAGAAAAACUUGAGAUAUAAAUAUGAUAUCCAGAUAAUUUAAUUUGGAAACCAUUAAACUAAAUAGAAGAAAAUAUACAAUUUCUGAUAACCUCUUCUGUAACCACAUCUGGUUCCCUUAUUUACCAUUAUAACAUCUUAAAGCAUAGAACUUAGCAGGGCUAACCAUACAGAUAUCUUUAGCCAUAAUAUUAUAUAGUUAAUAAGAGAUCCUCUAUUUAAAAUAUAUAAAUAAUUGAGAAUACAAUAUAAAAUAAAGAUUGUCUUGGAAGCAAUAAAGUUUUCUUUUUAGAUAUUUUAUUAUAUUAAAAUAUAAAUAUAGACAUAUAUUUACACUAAUUUAUUGCAGAGUUUAUAAGAUUAAACUAUAUGCUUGCAAUAUCAUUAAAAUAGAAUACCAUACCCUCUUGAACAUGUCAACAUCUCUUAGAAUCUCUGUCUCCAAAUCUGUCCUUUUUCCGUUAACAUCUAAAAGGUACACAUAUUAUACCUUUAUUUCAUUUUAGGGUCACCGUAGUUCAUAGAGGAAAUAGUUAUUUUACUUUUCAUUAUUUUAGGACCUCCCUUAACUUGACAAAGAUACAAGGCCAUAACUAAAACGUAAGGGUAUACACGUCAUGGUAAAUUCCCUGACUUAGGACAAGAUGGCGUCUUAAAGUCUGAACAUCUUAUCUAUUGUUUAUUUGUCAUGACCUAGACAUCUUCUUUAUUGUUUAUACUAAAACAUAGGGGGGCACACAUCAUGUGAAAUUCCCUGAUUUGGGACAAGAUGGCUUCCUAAAGUCUGAUGACAUAGCAUAGGCUUUAAGAUGUUAUUGCAUUACUACUUGUAUUUUAAGCUAAGACAAAUUGGUGUAAACAUAUUAUGCACUAAAAGUAGGUAAGAAGUUAUAUGUAUGAAAAACAAUAUGUUCCAUUCCUAACACCUUGUCAGUUUGCAAUAUCUCUUAUAGACAAAGUACACAGUUUAAGAAAUACAACAUUUCAUUCUAAAACUUUUAAUAUUUGCAUUUGCCCGUAACAACCUCUCCAUUAAACUGUGGGCAUUGUAGAGCAUUUCUUCUUUAAAUUAGAAAACCAGAGUACUCCCAACAGUCUAAGUUUACUCCAGAGUCUUUCUGAUAAUGAUGUUGAUGAUUCAUUUUUCAUAUAUUCCAUGUUAACUGUGAAUGUAUCACGUUUGUCUGUUCAUCCUUCUCUUUCACAUUUGCAGGUUCAGAUGUCAGAUCAUGAUUCAGUCUGUUACGUGGCUGUGUUCUGGUGGCAUUUCUAUCGUCCUCUGUUUUAUCUUGCCUUCUUUAACAACAUCCAUUGUGUCAGUCACUGGUUCUCUGAACAUCUUGGAAGUAUUUAGCAGGUUUUAAAAUAUCAAAACUUAUCUUUCUCUGUUGGCUCUGAUUGAACUAAAUUAAUGAUAUUGCAAGCAUAUAGUUUAAUCUUAUAAACUCUGCUAUAAAUUAUUGUAAUAGGUUUUAUGUCUAUAUUUAUUUUAAUAUAAUAAAAUAAAAUAUCUAAAAUGACAAAACCUUAUUGCUUCCAAGAGAAUCCUUAAAUUAUAUUGUAUUGUCAAUUAUUUAUAUAUUUUAAAUAGAGGCUAUCUUAAGGACUAUAUGAAAUUAUGGCUAAGAUAUCUGUAUGGUUAGCCCUGCUAAGUUCUAUGCUUUAAGACAUUAUACUGGUAAAUAGGGGAACCAGCUGUAGUUACAGUUCCAUUUCUAACACAGUGUCAUUUUGUAAUAUCUCCUAUAGACAAAGUACACAGUUUAAGAAAUACAACAUUUGCAUUUGCCCAUAACACUUCCUAUUUGGUUUAAUCACAACACAUUAUUCACCAAAGAUCUUCCAACUUUAAUUUGCAAAACUUUUGUCAUUUCUUCACAAUUUACCUUUUUAGAGAAUACAUCGUAUUCUUAUAUUCUGCCCUAUAAAUCCAUUGAUCAGCUAGAACAUUAAAACCACUGACAAGUAAAAUGAAUAAAAUGGAAUAUAUUGUUGCAGUAGAACAUGUCAAAGGGUGGGAUGUACUAGGCAGCAAGUGAACAGUCUGUACUUGAAUUCAUGUAUUAGAAGCAGGGAAAAUGGGCAAUUUGAAAGAUCUGCGUGACUUUGACAAGGGCCAAAUAGUGAUGGCAACACAACUGGGUCAGAGCAUCUCCAAAAUGGCAAGUCUUGUGGGGUGUUCCCAAUAUGCAUUGAUGAAUAACUACCAACAGUGGUGCAAGAAAGGACAAUCGAUGAAUGAGCACUAGGGUCAUGGACACCCAAGGCUCAUUGAUGCACUUGGGGAGCAAAGGCUAGCCCGUCUGGUCCAAUCACACAGAAGAACUACUGCAGCUCAAAUUUCUUAAAUUGUAAUGCUGGCCAUGAUUGAAAUGUUUGAGAACACAGAGUGCAUUGCAGCUUGCUUUGUAUUGGGCUGUGUAGCCACAGACUGAUCAUAGUGCCCAUGAUGACUCCUGUCCAGUGCCGAAAGCGACUUUAAUGUGGAUGCCCACAUCAGAACUGGACUGUGGAUCAAUGGAAGAAGGGUGCCUGGUCUGACGAAUCACGUUUUUAGAUCAGGAGGAUGGCUGAGCGUGUGUGUGCACGUCGUUUAUCUAGAGAAGAGGAUGCACUAUGGGAAGAAGGCAGGCUGGCAGAGGCAAUGUAAUUCUCUGGGCAAAGUUCUAGUGGGAAAUCUUGGGUCCUGGUAUUCAUGUCGAUGUUACUUUGAUACAUACCACCUACCUAGAGAUUGUUGCAGACCACUUACACCCUUCAAGGCAAUGAGGUUUCCUGAUAGCAGUGGCCUCUUUCCGCAGGAUAAUGCACCCUGCCACACUGCAAAAAUUGUUCAGGAAUGGUUUGAGGAAUAUGACAGAGUUCAAUAUAGAAUAUGACUGCAGAUAAGAACCAUUCAGCCCAUCUCGCCUUCCCAGCUUUCUCAAUACUUUCAUUAGUCCCUAGCCUUAUCUUAUAGCUAGGAUAGCCUUAUGCUUAUCCCACGCAUGCUUAAACUCCUUCACUGUGUUAACUUCUACCACUCCAGCUGGAAGGCUAUUCCAUGCAUCCACUAUCCUUUCUGUAAAGUAAUACUUCCUGAAAUUCUUUAAACCUUUGCCUCUCUAAUUUAAGUCUAUGUCCUCUGGUUGCGGUAGUUUUUCUUCUUUUAAAUAUAGUCUCUUCCAUAACUGUGUUGAUUCCCUUUAUGUUUCUAUUAUAUACCCCCUGUCUCGUCUUUCCUCCAAGCUAUACAUGUUAAGAUCCUUCAACCUUUCCUGGUAAGUUUUAUCCCGCAAUCCAUGAACCAGUUUAGUAGCCCUUCUCUGAACUCUCUCCAAAGUAUCAAUAUCCUUCUGAAGAUACUGUCUCCAGUACUGCGUACGAUACUCCAAGUGAAUAUUUAGAUCAGGCAUGAGCACUUCUCUCUUUCUACUGCUAAUGCAUGUCCCUAAACAACUAAGCAUUCUGCUAGCAUUUCCCGCUGCUCUAUUACAUUGUCUGCCUAUCUUUAAGUCAUCUGAAAUAAUUACUCCUAAAUCCCUUCACCACCAAAUAUCUCAGAUCUCAAUCCAAAUGAGCAUCUGUGGGUUGUCCUGGAACAACAAAUCCGAUCCACAGUGGCCCCAGCUCGCAACCUAAAGGAUCUGCUGCUAUUGUUUUGGUGCCAGAUAUCACAGGACAUAUUUUGUAGAUUCAAUGCCUAAAUAUAUAUAUAUAUAUUUUUUAAGUAGCACGAGGGGCACCUACUACAAGGAAGGUGGUUUUAAAGUUGUGGCUGAUUACUGUAUUUUACCAGGGCAAACAUUUGUCUAACAGAUGGGAUCGCUAACAUUUUAAUUUAUUUAUUACUGGCGUUUAUAAACCUAUCCCGCAGUGCUGUACAAUAUAAACAGACCAAUACAAAAUGUAACCUUGCAUACAAUAUUAUGUCUGUGUCUUAGUUGAUUAAGACUUAUGCAUUCCUUACACAUCUGUGCCAAUAAACAGACGGCAGCUUAGGCAUGUUGCAGAGAAACAAAAGACUCUGCCAGAAAGAAUAAUGGCAAAGAAAUAAAGGAACAUCCGUUUCUUCGUAGUGAUGCUGCUGUAGAGAACAAAAUAUAUACAAAAUACAAUUUAAGUUUUAAAUCAUACACUACUUAAUAUCAAAAACAAAUGUGAUGAUUUAGUAAGACCAUAUGGCUGUACUGUGUUAAACCCACCACUUCAUCAAAGUACCCAAUUAUUGGUGGGUCCAAUGCUAGUUGUAACAUGAGUGAAAAGGAUGUUUACUGCUUCCAGAGACUGCUGAGAGGAAGUAUAAUAGCAGCAGUUUAUAUAGUUAUUUUUAUUUUAUCACAAGUAAU